AUGACGAUAAACCUGCCUGCCUCUCUGCUUGCCUCUCUGCUUGCCUCUCUGCCUGCCUGCCUGCCUCUCUGCCUGCCUCUCUGCCUGCCUCUCUGCCUGCCUGCCUCUUUACCUGCCUCUCUGCCUGCCUCUCUGCCUGCCUCUCUGCCUGCCUGCCUCUCUGCCUGCCUGCCUCUCUGCCUGCCUUUCUGCCUGCCUCUCUGCCUGCCUCUCUGCCUGCCUCUCUGCCUGCCUGCCUCUCUGCCUGCCUUUCUGCCUGCCUCUCUGCCUGCCUCUCUGCCUGCCUGCCUCUCUGCCUGCCUGCCUCUUUACCUGCCUCUCUGCCUGCCUCUCUGCCUGCCUCUCUACCUGCCUCUCUGCCUGCCUCUCUGCCUGCCUCUCUGCCUGCCUGCCUCUCUACCUGCCUCUCUGCCUGCCUGCCUCUCUGCCUGCCUCUCUACCUGCCUCUCUGCCUGCCUCUCUGCCUGCCUCUCUGCCUGCCUGCCUCUCUACCUGCCUCUCUGCCUGCCUGCCUCUCUGCCUGCCUCUCUGCCUGCCUCUCUGCCUGCCUCUCUACCUGCCUCUCUGCCUGCCUCUCUGCCUGCCUCUCUGCCUGCCUCUCUGCCUGCCUCUCUACCUGCCUCUCUGCCUGCCUCUCUGCCUGCCUCUCUACCUGCCUGCCUCUCUGCCUGCCUCUCUACCUGCCUCUCUGCCUGCCUCUCUACCUGCCUCUCUGCCUGCCUGCCUCUCUGCCUGCCUGCCUCUCUGCCUGCCUCUCUACCUGCCUCUCUGCCUGCCUGCCUCUCUGCCUGCCUCUCUGCCUGCCUCUCUACCUGCCUCUCUGCCUGCCUGACUCUCUGCCUGCCUCUCUGCCUUCCUCUCUGCCUGCCUCUCUUCCUGCCUGCCUCUGCCUGCCUCUGCCUUUUCUCUCUGCCUGCCUGCCUCUCUGCCUCUCUGCCUGCCUGCCUUUUGUUGGUUUAUUUUUUAGGAAACGUCGGACCUGUUGCGAUGUAAUGUUUUCAGCAGUGCUAAUGUUGUGGUCAAUUCAUCACCAAACAACGUCAGGGGAUUGCACAAACACCGUCAUUAC